AUGCCAUGGUCUUUUGCUUCCCCCUAUGUCCCUCCGCAUCACCAUUCUAACAACAUUCCACCUUCCUCCGACGAUUCCACGCAGCACGGCUUUGGCCUUGCUGCCGGUGGAGGGUUGCCACGCGGCGCUGGCCGUGGUGGCUCCGGCGGUCGAGGAAUCCCUCGCCCUCGCCAGCCUUCUUACCGGAACUCCCGGUUCCCCGUGGUGGAGGAACCACAAAACGGCGACGGUAUUAAUUUCGAUGCGUACGAAUCGGUCCCGGUGGAGGCCAGUGGCAAGAACGUGCCUCCGCCGGUGAACGUCUUCGACGAUACGGACUUGGACGAAGGCUUGAAGAAGAACAUCAAGCGAUGCAAGUACGUGAAGCCCACGCCCGUUCAACGUUACGCGAUUCCCAUAGCCACCGCUGGCCGUGACCUUAUGGCUUGCGCACAGACUGGGUCGGGGAAAACGGCGGCGUUUUGCUUUCCUAUCAUAUCUGGGAUUUUGAAGGGUCGUUCUUCUUCUGGGUUCUCGCCUGUGUCUCGUGGUGCUGGUGUUGCGUACCCCACUGCGCUUAUUUUGUCUCCUACGAGGGAGUUGUCGUGCCAGAUACGUGAUGAAGCGAACAAAUUUGCAUAUCAAACUGGAGUGAAGGUUGUUGUUGCCUAUGGUGGUUCUCCUGUCAGUCAGCAGCUGCGCCUUUUAGAGAAGGGUGUUGACUUACUGGUUGCCACUCCUGGGCGUUUGGUGGAUAUUAUUGAGAGGGAUAGGGUUUCGUUGAAGAGAAUAAAGUACCUUGCGUUAGACGAAGCUGAUCGCAUGCUGGACAUGGGUUUUGAACAUCAAAUACGCAAGAUUGUAGACAAAAUGCACAUGCCACCGCCAGGUAGUAGGCAGACAUUGUUGUUUAGUGCAACGUUCCCUAAUGAUAUACAGAAGCUAGCAUCCGACUUUUUGUCGGACUACAUAUUCCUGUCUGUGGGGAGAGUCGGAUCGAGUACUGAACUGAUUGUGCAGAAGAUUGAGCUUGUACAGGAUACUGACAAAAGAGACCAACUUGUUGAUCAUCUUCGUCGGCAAAAGGUGCAUGGGACCAAUGGGAUGGUGGAACAUGCUUUAACUCUUGUAUUUGUUGAAACAAAAAGAGGAGCAGACGCCUUAGAAAACUGGUUGUCGAAAAGUGGCUUUCCAGCUAUUGCCAUACACGGAGACAAAGUUCAAUUGGAACGGGAACGGGCUUUAAGAUCUUUUAAAUCUGGAAUGACUCCCAUUCUGGUUGCAACUGAUGUUGCUUCUAGGGGAUUGGAUAUCCCGCAUGUGGCUCAUGUCAUAAACUUUGACUUGCCAAGAGACAUUGAUGACUAUGUUCAUAGAAUUGGACGAACAGGCCGUGCAGGGAAAUCUGGAUUAGCUACUGCUUUCUUCAGCGACAAGAACAGUCCAAUGGCAAAGGCUCUUGUUGGUCUCUUGCAGGAGGCAAACCAAGAAGUUCCUUCUUGGCUCAACCAGUUUGCUGAGUGUUCCUCAUUUGGGGGCCGCAGUCGAGGUUAUGUAUCACAGCGUUACAGCAGUGGUAGCUACGGAGGUCGUGAUUUUCGAAAUCCCACGGAAGUGCAGAAUUACAACUGUCACGGUUCCCAUGGCAAUACCGAUCUUGCUGCGGAGUCUUACACUGCUACCCCAUUCGUUGAUACCUCCUCCUGCGACCUGCAAAACUCCCAUAUAGAUUCCUCUUUUGACUCCUUGAAUAUAGGAUGCACUUAUAAUCAAAGUGAUGUUAACUCUAGUGAAUUGUGUGGAGGUGUUAGGGUUGGUGAAGAGGGGCCUAGUGGUUAUGCAUCUAUUGUUGCCACUGGAUGGGAUUAG